CCUAGAGAGGUGUUCUCUGAGGUGAAAAGAGUCGUGUUUUGUUAUUUGCGGGUUUCCCACAUUCACGGGGGACUUGUGCCCCUAACCCCAGCGAAUGCGGAGGGACCACUAUUAAAGUGAUGGCAGACUGCAACAUUUCUCCUGUGUAGAUGCACCCUUUGCGCAUGGGCCUAUCUAUAACAUCAGUGUUUCAGACUGUGUUGUUGGGUGAGUUUUGCUUGCAGGGCAUGAGCUGCUCAGGAGGUUUAAAGGCACCUUACUACUUAUCUUCCUACCUUUGGACCUGGAUUAAUGGCACUUCCACAGUGGCCAUAAAAUGCUGAAUACCUGGGCAGCGCUGACUCUAGAGUCACCCUGCGGAUCCUGUUAACUGGGAAGUAGCCGUGAUGCAAUUUGGAGGAGCGUUGCUUUUGAGUAAACCUUUCCCUUCCUCUGACACUCAGAUAAAUGGACUUUUCCUGCAUCUGGCUUCUGUUUAGUCCUCCAAAAAGAAGCAUUUCCUUUUCUUGUGUCGUUUCAAUCGAAAAGCAGGGUGGUAAUCUCAUAUUGUGUUGUCUUGCCUCUAGUUAUUUAACCAGCCUUUUCUUGCUUCUGGAGAGUUUUGGUUGUUGUGUGUCCUGCUCUCUGGCCAUAAUAAAGAAGGGCUGGUUGUUGUGUCUCUCCAAGUUGAAGUCAAAGGCUUUCAUGGCUGGCAUCCAUAGGUUUUUUUGGGCUUUGGGGGCUAUGUGGCCAUGUUCUAGAAGAGUUUGUUCCUGACGUUUCGCCAGCAUCUGAUGAUUCUCUGAAGAUGCCACUGCCACAGAUCUAGAACAUGGCCACAGAGCCCCCCCAAACCACAAAAAAACCUAUAGACCUCUCUUAUUUCGAAGGAGAUGCAGCAGAGAGGCCUUUUGGGCUGCAGGGCCAGAUGUACCAGACUAUGCUUCUAAGUAGUAUAAAGUUGUAGUGAAUUGCAAACAGUUACGUUUUGUGUAGUUAGAGCAAUUUAUUCUUGUGAGUCUUACGUGUUCAGGCAACACAGGCUAUGAAGUGAGAAGCUAGUUUUAAACUGGAAUCGCUGUGCUGUUUUCAGAGGACUGUAUGCUUCGGCUACAGAGCAUGAAUAGAGGCCUCUGAGCUAUUUCUUCCCUGGCAUUUAUUUGUGUCUGGGGCUUGGGUUUGGGGCUGCCAUUAGCUCAUCCCAGCCCUUCCCUUUCCUCCUGGCUCUGGCUUUUACCAUCAAGCAUCAGCAUAGCUCUCUAUUUUGGUUAAUAUUUGCAUCUCUCUUGCUUCUCUUUCACUUAAGCCUUUAAUGCUUGCCUCGAUUUGUGGCCCACCAAUCCUGAUAAUCUUCAGGGAAGCAUUAUUAGCAAAUGAAUGGCUGCAGCCUUCCAUGGGGCUGGAAUUGGUUUCUUUUGUACCUUUAAAAAAGACCGUCUCCAUUGCCCUGUGGCUAGCUGAUUCUGUGUCUGUGGACAGGUCUGUAAUGUUUCCUAACUCAAAAGGGCUUCAUUUGAGCUGGCAGGGCUUUGAUGGAUGUGAGCAAAGAGCCCAGGGACAGGCAGAGAGUAGAUUUGCAAUGAAUUAGAUUUUCCAUGCUCUUCUUUGCCCUGAAAUCCCACUGGCUCUGGGCAAAAUAGAAAAUAGCUUGUUUGGGAGAUGGGUUUUAAGGACAUGGUGGCAUUAGACAGCAUAUGACUAACAGUGGAAUAGAUGCUGCCCUCGAGAGCAAGAGGAGAUGUUGCUCUCAGCUAUCUUCUACAUCGAUUGUUGUUCUUCCUCAUCGUGACGCACUUGCAAUAAGAGGACUGGUCGCAGAUGCAAUGAUGCUUGCUUUGUUUUGUUCUUACAUUUUAAAGCAUUAGUGAUCCAGCAUUGGGAUUUGGAAGACAUGCUUCGAAGGGACUGGGGCGUGUUUAUAGGCAGGACCCCUUUUCUUGUUAUAAUGCAACAUUUUAUAUUGUUUCCGGGGGGCCAAAUCACUGAGAUCCAGUAUUUCAGUUUUGGGUUAAGGGUUCCAAAAUGCGGAUUUGUAAAGUGUGGCGGCUUUUCAUUAUUUUAACAGGGGAAUGAAGCUCCUUGGAAUGACUUUCUUUAGUGCUCCUGUUUACAGUGUUUGUUAACAGCGUUGUGUUUUUCUUCUCCUUUUCCCGCAGGUGCCAAAGGAUGCUUGGAGCUUUGUCUGCUAGACAACAGCAGAGUCCAGGAGAUCUCUAGAACGGUGUGCUGGCCUCAACUGAGCUCUUUCUUCCGCUCCACCCUUUAUUUUAUUUUAAAAGCGGGAAAACAACGGAGGAUUUGAUGUUUUGCGUGGCACCCGUUGGAAUAGGGCCCAUCAUGAACGUGACGAAAGGUGGGCUGGUGCUGUUUUCGGCCAAUUCCAACCCAUCGUGCAUGGAGCUAUCAAAGAGAAUUGCGGAGCGACUGGGAGUAGAGAUGGGCAAAGUUCAGGUGUACCAAGAGCCUAACAGAGAAACGAGGGUGCAGAUUCAAGAAUCUGUGAGAGGGAAAGAUGUCUUUAUCAUCCAGACGGUUUCAAAGGAUGUGAAUACGACCAUCAUGGAACUCCUGAUCAUGGUCUACGCCUGCAAGACCUCCUGCGCCAAAAGCAUUAUUGGGGUGGUGCCCUACUUCCCCUACAGCAAGCAGUGCAAGAUGCGGAAGAGGGGCUCCAUUGUCUCCAAGCUCCUGGCGUCCAUGAUGUGCAAGGCAGGUCUAACUCACCUGAUCACAAUGGAUCUGCAUCAAAAGGAGAUCCAAGGGUUCUUCAAUGUCCCAGUUGACAACCUGAGAGCAUCCCCAUUUUUGCUUCAGUACAUUCAGGAAGAAAUUCCAGACUACAGGAAUGCUGUGAUUGUGGCCAAAUCUCCUGCAUCUGCAAAGAGGGCCCAGUCCUUUGCAGAGCGCUUGCGGCUGGGGAUUGCGGUGAUACACGGGGAAGCUCAAGACGCAGAUUCUGACCUGGUGGAUGGCCGCCAUUCGCCUCCAACAGCCAAGAGUGUCGCUGCCAUCCACCCGAGCUUAGAGAUACCCAUGCUGAUUCCAAAAGAGAAACCUCCCAUCACGGUUGUUGGAGAUGUAGGAGGAAGGAUAGCCAUAAUCGUGGACGACAUCAUAGACGACGUGGACAGUUUCCUCGCGGCGGCCGAGACGCUCAAAGAGAGAGGGGCCUACAAGAUCUUCGUCAUGGCUACCCAUGGCCUCCUUUCCUCGGACGCUCCCCGGUUGAUAGAGGAGUCUGCGAUCGAUGAGGUUGUGGUCACCAACACAAUUCCUCAUGAGAUACAGAAGCUACAGUGCCCCAAAAUUAAGACUGUGGACAUCAGCAUGAUCCUUUCGGAGGCCAUCCGCAGAAUCCACAACGGGGAGUCCAUGUCGUACCUUUUCAGAAAUAUAGGACUGGAUGACUGACGGCUUUUCAGAGGCUUGUCUUGAAGGGGACAAAUGAAGUACAACUUUCAGGGGCCAAACUGGACAUGUACAGAAACCAAGCUGUGAAGCUUUUUGUGGCUUAAACUUUGUAUUUCAAUGGGACCCAUUUUUGUUUAGUAGCUUUUCUCCCCCACUCCCCUUCCCGUUCCCCCUUGUGCUUCACGUUGAGCAAAUGAGCUUUUCAAGAGCUAUCCCCCCCCCCCCAGUUUUUCACGAAAACGGACUUUAUCCAGAAGAACAACAGAACAACAACUUUUCAACACUGUUAGAUUAGCUGCACUGUUGGUUAGGAGCAAUAUUUUUGGGGAGGCUUUUCUGCCUGACCCUCGUUUCAGGGAAGAGGAGUCAUCCAAGAGGCCACAAGUUUCUUCCUUUUUCCUUCAGG